AUGGAGAUGCAAAGUUCAUAUAAAUCAACAGAAGAAGGAAGCAUGACCAUACACUUGCACCCACACCCGCCACCCCCAUACCCUCCCCCACUGCUGCACCUGCAGCAGGGGAUGGAGGAGAAGGGGGAGGGGUGGGGGGGGGCGGGGGGGGGGGCUGGUGCUGCAGAUCCCCUCCCCGCCACUGCUGCACCCGCAGCAGGGGGAGGUAGGAGAAGGGGCGGUGCAGGAGCCGCUCGGGUGACAGCAGGUUGGCCACACCCGCCACCCCCAUACCCUCCCCCACUGCUGCACCUGCAGCAGAGAGACGGAGGAGAAGGGGGGGCGGGGGGGGGGGCUGGAGCUGCAGAUCCCCUCCCCCCCACCGCCACACCCGCAGCAGGGGGAUGGCAGAUCCCCUCCCCCCCACCGCUGCACCCGCAGCAGGGGGAGAUCCCCUUCCCCCCCUCUGCUGCACCCGCAGCAGGGGGAGGUAGGAGAAGGGUGGGGGACCUGGUGCUGCAGAUCCCCUCCUGCCUCCCCCUGAACCUCCAAGCUCCCCCCCCCUCUCCCCGCCAUCCCCAUGGAGGGGGGGGAAGGGGGGGAGGGGGGCGGGGGCGGAGCUGCGCGUGCGACUGUAGGGCACGCGGGCAGGAGGAACCCCCUCUUGCCACCCCCUCACCCACCACGUUGCAACAGGGCACCGGGGCCGCGGUUAGGGGCGGCAGGUCGCGAGGGGCCAUGGCUAGGGGCGACGGGGCCAUGGCUAGGAACGGGGCCAGGCGCUGGGCAGGUACGGGGCCGGGCGCUGGCAGGGACAGGGCCGGGCGCUGGGCAGGGGCCCAGGGGGGCCGAGGGGCCAAAGCAGGUACAGGGCCGGGCGCUGGGCAGGGACAGGGCAGGGCGCUGGGCAGGUACGGGGCCGGGCGCUGGGCAGGUACGGGGCCGGGCGCUGGGCAGGUACGAGGCCGGGCGCUGGCAGGUACAGGGCUGGGCGCUGGGCAGGUUCGGGGCCGGGCGCUGGGCAGGUACGGGGUCGGGGGGGCCUAG